AUCGAUACAACAGCGUCUAUUGUUAUUUGUAUCAAUAACAUUAUAGAAGAAACUUAUAAUUUGUGAAAUGGAAUAUCUGCGUCCUGUUUGGAACUGCUUAAAUACGUUUUGUGGAUGUUUACAUUGCUCUGAAGAUAUCGGUAACCAGUUUAACUAUGAGCCAAGUGAACGGACAUACUUGCUGGCUGACCCUGCAGUUCAUAAUAGCCCAGCCCUAAGACAAGCUAACUCGGACAACCUAAGUAGUGAGUUUGCUCAGUCAUUACCCAAAAAAGAUGAAAAUGCAUUAUGUCGCCUGGUGCAAAGUACAGCCAUGAAUAUGAUCGAUGUGGGCGCUAUGGAUUUACAUAAUCUUGAAAACGAGGAGUAUAAUGAUAGAAUAAAGUUAUAUUCUCAACGCUUGCAACACCAAUGGAACAAUAUUCAGCCCCCUGGAAAAGGAGUUUCAGGACUCCUUAAAGAUAUCCCAAAUGCAGAUGAUCAAUUGUGUAUGACGAAUUCUCCGGAUGAUAUGUUGCAGAUAUCAAGUUUUUUAAGUAAAGGUCAUGGAGCUUUACUAGAUUUGCGAGUCGAUCAUAAGGAAGCGAUAGUUGUGCCAUUUAGAAUACCGUAAAUAUAAUAUAUCUGUUAUGUAAAACUUCCUAUAUGUAAUAUAAAUAUAUACUAAAGAGGAAUGCAAUAUAAAUUUAAAUAAAUACCUUUA